CUGACAGCAACCCUCCUCCUUCUUCUAUCACGUGGUCUGGAAAAGUUAGCAGCAGUACCAAACAUAUGUCGAUCAUAUCAGCCAACCGAUCACAACACAGUGGCGAAUACAUGUGUACUGUUGUCACACAAUCUGGUACUAAUGACACACGUCUUCCUCUGAGAUCGUCGCAUCAACUCACUGUCCUCAUCAAAUACCCAUCGACUGUGCUGAGGUUUCGGUUCAAUGGCGAAGACAACAAGACAGUCAUUGUUGCUGAGAACUCCAGAGUGGAUUUAUUGUGUCAGGCUGACGGAAGACCCACACCACAGAUGUCGCUUGUUAGCAUCAAAGACAACAACCACAUGUUGAGCUCAACGUCUCCAGGUGACAUACAGGUGACGGAAAGCACAGAAGAACUAAGCUACACAAUGAAUCAAGUUCAGUGUGAACACGCGGGGGACUACAGGUGUGAAGUGAACAACGGAAUUGGAAAUGAUAGUCAUACUGUAAAACUUCUUGUUUUUUGUGCUCCGAGAAGAAAUAAGUCUCAAGAGCAGGUUCAUUUGCUGGAUGUAGAAAUUCCCGAUGCUUCGCUCACACUUGAAAUGACUGCGUACCCAACACCUUACGUAGCGGAUAUAAUGUACCUUGGAGAGGUUUUAAAUGACAAAAACAAGGGCGUUAUGGUUGAGAACACGCUAAAUGUCACGUGUCAUGUCAACAGCAGUUCACCUUCCCUUGUUAUCUGUAAUGUCUCUAUAGUCAAUCUGACACACGUUUCUCAAGGCUUUUAUACGAUUGUAUUCAAGAACAGCAUUGGGGAGUUGGACAUUGUGAUAAAAAUAGGGCGUGAAGUGACAGGGACCAAGGAUCAAACAUCUUCCCUUCCAGUAGGAGCAAUCGCUGGUGGAAGUGGUGCUGCAGUAGUCGUUGUUCUGGCUAUCAUCGUCGUUGCUGUUGUAACUCGGCGUUAUAAACUAAGAGAGCCCGACAGCAUUUAUGACAGUCGGAACACAAGGCAACAUUGCGAGUCUCACUACGAUGGACCUUCAGUGAAGAGAGCAAUGAGUAAUGAGGUGUUUACAAUGAGCGAUGCAGUUAGCACUGAGCCUGAAAGAGCUGGAUGUUGGAAUGCCACCUAUAUAUGAAAAUGUGGACUUUGUCAAUAAAUAAAAUAAUCCAAAGCGCCUAAAAAGAUUUUUUAAGAUAAACCUUUGUGUAUCUGCACCUGAAAAACGUUGAGCUUUAUUGUCGAUAACAACAGUUAAUUUCUCGACUGAGUCAAAAGAAAAAAAUUACCAUGAGUCAAUUUUUUAAAAAUAAGGUUAAUAAAAUUAAAGUUAAAAGUACAAUAUUAACAGGCUCUCAUUAACUUACUUCUCAUAAGCUAAA